AUGCAAAAUCGCAUUGACCGUCUCGAAGGCCUAGUUUUGUCAUUGAUGCACAAUGGUGGCAACGUCGAUCCCGAGUCCGCCGCUCGUGCAAGCGAGUCCAUCUCUCACUCAACAACUGACAGCGCCUCGUCCGCCAAAGCUGGUCGCGAGGAGGCGGCCAUGAUGGACGAAGACAGUGACGUGGACGACAGCCUCGCGACGUCCCUGGGCGUACUCAAAGUUGAUAGCGACAAGGGCAAGUCUAUGUAUAUCGGACAAGAGCAUUGGCAUCUGAUCCUCGCAGACAUUGCUGAGGUGAAAAAUUACUUCACAAACCACAAAAAGGAACUGGAAACGAGCUACGAGCGGGUCAGGUCUUCCAAACCCGUCACCGCCCGCGAGGGACCGACGCUGCUGCUUGGCGCUGUUCCUGCCUCGGAACUCGAGCUGCGCGCCGAGCUGCCCCCCAAGUCGAGUGUCCUUGCACUCUGCAGCCGCUAUUUCAAUUCCAUGGAUAACGCAGUAAGCAUCAUACAUGGGCCGACUUUCCUGCAACAGCUCCGCACGCACUGGCAAGAUCCGUCAAAGACGCCGAUCAUGUGGUUAGGCCUCCUUUACUCGGUUCUCUGCCUCGCGAUGCUGAGUUAUCACAAAGUUGGGGAUGAGCCCCCAGAGUGGAAGGGGCGCACACUGGAGCUUGCGGACGAGUACCGCUUGCGGACCGUCCAGUGCCUCAUCAAGGCUGACUACACCAAGCCGGUCGAGUACACCGUCGAGACUAUGAUUCUAUACGUCUUUGGCGAGUACUCGUCGAGAUGGGAUGCUGAUUUGGGCUUGUGGUUGAUUGUAUCCCUAAUCACGCGGAUAGCCUUCCGGAUGGGGUACCAUCGCGACGCGAAGUGGUUCCCGUCGCUGACGCCAUUUCAAGCUGAAAUGAGGCGACGGACGUGGGCGCUGGUUCGCAUGUCAGACGUCAUCUUUUCACACCAAGUAUCGCUACCGAGUAUGAUUUACGAACACGACUGCGACACGCAGCUGCCGAACAACAUCUUUGACGACGAGUUCCAUCCGGGGAUCAAAGAGCUGCCACCUUCCAGGCCCAUAACAGAGGCGACGCCGAUCUCGUACAUGAUUGCCAAGGCCAAGCUUUGCAACGAACUCGGCAACAUUCUCCAGGCCACCAACAGGGUGGGCAGGAGCGUUCCCUAUGACGAGAUCAUCCGGUUCGACGCGAAACUCCGCCAGGUGAUGCAGGAGCUUCCUCCUCACCUCAAGCUUGGGCCCCUCGAGGGUGCGCGUGAGCCUGUCACGCUCAUUAUCGCGCGGUUCAAUGUGGACAUUUUGUACCAAAAGAUUCUGUGCCUGCUCCAUCGCAAGUACAUUUCCAAGGCGCGACAGAACCCGCGGUACGCACAUUCGCGCCGCAGUGCGGUCGAGGCGUCUCUGCAGGCAAUGGGGCAUUUGCAAAUGCUUCGCCGUGAGUCUCAGGGCAACGGGCGGCUGAAAGCCGUGAGCUGGUACGUCAAGUCGAUCGCGACAAAGGAAUUCGUGCUGCCGGCCAUGCUUAUCGUGCUUGAUCUGCACUACGACAACAUGGCACGUCAUGCGGGCACUUGCGAGAGCCACGAGGGCGCAUUUCUCUGGAGUUCCGAGGAGCGGGCCAACAUGAUAGGCACGUUGGAAGACGCCGUGUCCAUCUGGAAAGGGCUUGCAGACACGUCGAUGGAGGCUUUCAAGGCCUCAAAGGUUAUCGAGAUCAUGCUUCAAAAGAUCAAAGAGCCCGCGCCGAGCGACAGCACGUCAAUACCUUCUCGAACCGAUUCCUUGUCGACGUUGGAGUCAAGCAUGGGCAUGGAUCAGACGCCCGCCAUGGGCCCAGGUUUAGUGCCCACAGACGGCUUCCCCGACUUCAACACCGGCUUAAGCCCGUUCUCGAAUACCAACAGCAGCGCCUUCAUGGGGAUGGAGUUUAGCCUGCCGCCGCCGAACCUCGUCGACAUGCAGACGGAUGGAUUUAAUCCUGUCGGCGCAGCCUCUCCCAUGUCCAUGUUCACCAAUUUUGGCAGCGGUUCGGGCACGGGGCCGGACUUGACGGCAAACUUUGACUGGGGCGCCUUUGAGAACUACACACAGAUGGCCAACUGGGGCGCCGACCAGAGCUUCCAAAUAUACGGUGCCGAGGAUCAGUCGCCAGGACAGGGAUCUGGAUCCGGAAGCAUGAGUAUGCAGUAA